CCAGGCCUCGUCGCGGCUCAAUCCCACCUCUGUCUCCGCAGAGAAGCUCUUUCCUUUGGGUACUGCUGCCGCCCUCUCCUAGCCACUUCUCUGGUCCCCAACCCUGCAGGGAUCAGCGGGGCGAACGAAGCCCAUCAGCCAUGGCGACCCCCUCAGCUGCCUUUGAGGCCCUUAUGAAUGGAGUGACGAGUUGGGAUGUCCCUGAAGAUGCCGUCCCGUGUGAACUGCUUCUCAUUGGCGAGGCCUCCUUCCCAGUGAUGCUGAAUGACAUGGGCCAGGUCCUCAUCGCUGCAUCCUCCUAUGGCCGAGGCCGCCUGGUGGUGGUGUCCCACGAGGACUACCUGGUGGAAGCCCAGCUCACUCCCUUCCUCCUCAAUGCAGUGGGCUGGCUUUGUUCUUCCCCUGGGGCUCCCGUGGGGGUGCACCCCUCCUUGGCACCUCUGGCCAAAAUCCUCGAGGGUGCUGGAGUGGAAGCGAAGCUUGAGCCAGAAGUGAAAGACUCCCUGGGGGUUUACUGUAUUGACGCCUACAACGAAACCAUGACCGAGAAGUUGGUCAAGUUUAUGAAGCACGGAGGAGGCUUGCUCAUCGGAGGCCAAGCCUGGGAUUGGGCCAACCAGGGCGACGACGAGAGGGUUCUGUUCACGUUCCCUGGGAACCUCGUGACCAGCGUGGCGGGCGUGUACUUCACUGACAACAAAGGAGACACGAGUUUCUGUAAAGUGUCUAAGAAGAUGCCCAAGAUCCCAGUCUUAGUCAGCUGUGAAGACGACCUCUCCGAGGACCGGGAGGAGCUCCUGCACGGGAUUUCCGAGCUGGACAUCAGCAACUCGGACUGCUUCCCGUCGCAGCUGCUCGUGCACGGGGCCUUGGCCUUUCCCCUGGGGCUAGACUCCUACCACGGCUGUGUCAUAGCGGCUGCCCGCUACGGCCGCGGCCGGGUGGUCGUGAUGGGCCACAAGGUGUUGUUCACUGUGGGGAAACUGGGCCCCUUCCUGCUCAACGCCGUGCGCUGGCUGGACGCGGGCCGCCGGGGCAAGAUCGUGGUGCAGACGGAGCUGAGGACAAUGAGCGGCCUGCUGGCCGUGGGGGGCAUAGACACCAGCAUCGAGCCGCACCUGACCAGUGACGCCAGCGUCUACUGCUUUGAGCCUGCGAGUGACGCGGGCGUGAAGGAGCUGCAGGAGUUUGUAGCCGAGGGCGGGGGGCUGUUUGUCGCAGCCCAAGCCUGGUGGUGGGCCUUCAAGAACCCCGGCGUGUCCCCUCUGGCUCGGUUCCCAGGAAACCUCCUCCUCAACCCCUUCGGCAUCAGCAUCACAAGCCAAAGCCUCAAUCCAGGCCCCUUUCGUACUCCGAAAGCGGGAAUCAGGACCUAUCACUUCCGCUCCACCCUGGCCGAGUUCCAGGUGAUAAUGGGCAGGAAGAGAGGGAACGUGGAGAAGGGGUGGCUGGCGAAGCUGGGGCCGGAUGGCGCGGCCUUCCUGCAGAUCCCCGCGGAAGAGAUCCCCGCCUACAUGUCUGUGCACCGGCUCCUGAGGAAGCUGCUGAGUCGAUACCGGCUCCCUGUGGCCACCCGAGAGAACCCCGUCAUCAAUGACUGCUGCAGGGGUGCUAUGCUCUCCCUGGCCACUGGUCUGGCCCACUCGGGGAGUGACCUCUCUCUGUUAGUCCCAGAAAUUGAAGACAUGUACAGCAGCCCCUAUCUGCGCCCCUCGGAAUCUCCUAUCACCGUUGAGGUCAACUGCAACAAUCCAGGCACCCGAUACUGCUGGAUGAGCACCGGGCUGUACAUACCUGGACGGCAAAUUAUAGAGGUCUCACUGCCUGAGGCCGCUGCCUCCGCUGACCUGAAGGUACAGAUUGGCUGCCACACUGAUGACCUGACCAGGGCCAGCAAAUUGUUCCGAGGCCCACUGGUGAUCAACCGGUGCUGCUUGGACAAGCCCACAAAAUCAAUCACCUGCCUCUGGGGUGGCCUCCUCUACAUCAUCGUGCCUCAGAACAGCAAGCUGGGCUCUGUGCCCGUCACUGUGAAGGGGGCGGUGCACGCUCCGUUCUACAAGCUGGGGGAGACAUCCCAGGAGGAGUGGAAGAGGCGUCUCCAGGAGAAUCCAGGUCCCUGGGGAGAGCUGGCAACAGACAACAUCAUCCUGACCGUGCCCACCGCCAACCUUCGAACCCUGGAGAAUCCAGAGCCGCUGCUUCGCCUCUGGGACGAGGUGAUGCAGGCUGUGGCACGGCUGGGGGCCGAGCCCUUCCCCUUGCGCCUGCCUCAGAGGAUUGUGGCCGACGUGCAGAUCUCAGUAGGCUGGAUGCAUGCAGGGUACCCCAUCAUGUGCCACCUGGAGUCGGUGCAGGAGCUCAUCAAUGAGAAGCUCAUCAGAACCAAGGGGCUGUGGGGCCCCGUCCAUGAGCUCGGCCGCAACCAGCAGCGGCAGGAGUGGGAGUUCCCGCCACACACCACCGAGGCCACCUGCAACCUGUGGUGCGUUUACGUGCACGAAACGGUCUUGGGCAUCCCUCGAGGCCGGGCCAACAUCGCCCUGUGGCCCCCAGUUCGGGAGAAGAGAGUCAGGAUCUACCUGAGCAAGGGGCCCAACGUGAAAAACUGGAAUGCGUGGACAGCACUGGAAACAUACUUACAGCUCCAGGAAGCCUUUGGUUGGGAGCCCUUCAUCCGUCUCUUCACUGAGUAUCGGAACCAGACCAACUUGCCCACAGACAAUGUGAACAAGAUGAACCUGUGGGUGAAGAUGUUCUCCCACCAAGUGCAGAAGAACCUGGCCCCCUUCUUUGAGGCCUGGGCCUGGCCGAUCCAGAAGGAAGUGGCGACCAGCCUGGCCUAUCUGCCUGAAUGGAAGGAAAAUAUAAUGAAAUUGUACCUCCUCACACAGAUGCCCCACUGAAAUGGAAGUCAAAGAAAACAGAAGGCAUUUGGUUAUGAGUGAAGAAGACCUCAACACAUUUCUGGAAGAGAGAAAGUGGAUGAAGCAUGAAUAAGAAUGAAAGAGUGAAGGUACCUUUCAGACAGAAUAUAAGCUGAUCUGAACAACAUAACCCCAGAGAGACUUGGGCACCUGAAAUGUUUAUCUACUAAAGAAUUAUACCAGUUGUAAAAUUGAACCCCAUCCCAUUCUACCCCAUCCCUUGUGCAUAGAACACAGGCAGUCAGCUAUUGGUACCAGUGAAAAAUCUGUUGUUGCUGUUAUUGUUGUUGUGGUUGUGGUUUAUAUAAAGAAAUUGAAUAAACUGCCUAGGGAGAGGUAGGAGUUGGUGCUCCAGAAUGAAAUUUCUCUUUUUGUGGAAUUAAGUGAACCCCUAGCCUAUCAGCUAAUUCUCCACUGACAGUUGAGACCCCCUAGAUUUAUUCAAGUAACCAAGUGUUUCCAGUCAUAGUAGAGACUUACUGGAAAAAAAAACAAAACAAAACAGACCAAGCCAUACAAUGGCAGAGGAAACCCAUACCAACUCCUACAAAAGUCAAGUUAUAUCAAUGCUUAAAUGCAAAUGGUCAGCGAGCAAUUCCCAGACAUU